AUGGAGAACCAAGACAGGGGUAAGUAUAAACAAAAAGAUAUUUCACAUCAAGAGGAAAGUAGAAACUAUAGUGGAUAUAUAAAAAGUAAUAAUACAGAAGAAUCAAACUUAAGUGAUAAUAUAUUUACUUAUGGAAGUGAAAUAAAAAAUGAUAAAUAUAUAAAUGAACUAUUAGAAGAAGAUAAAAAUAAAUUUGAUAUGUUCAUAAAUUAUUAUGAAGGGAAUAAAACAAAUAAUAUAAAUGAUAUAAAUGAUUGGAUAUUAAAUAAAUGCAAUCAGAUUGAUAAUAAUACAAUAAAUUAUUCUAAAGUUAUAGCUAGCUGGUUUUAUGAUAGAUUAUUAAAAUGUUUAACAUUCAAAAAUAAGUUAAAUUUAAUUUUUAUUUAUCAUGAAAUAGUAAGAAAUUUAAUGUUAAAUAAUAAAAAUAAAGAAAUGGCCGAGUUUAAAAAAUAUAUGCAUCCAAUGAUUCAAGAUGUUUAUACAUGUGCAUAUUAUAAAGAUCAAAAUUCAAUAAGUGUUUUAUUACAAAUUGUAUAUAAAUGGAAAGAAUUAAAUAUUAACGAUCAUAAUGAGACAAAAUUAUUAUUAAAUAUUUUUCACUACAAUGAAAAUAAUGGAUAUGCUGAUAAUUCAAAUAAUCAAAAAACAAAUAAAUAUAAAAAUAAUGCAGAAUAUAAUAUAAAUAAUAAAUAUAGAUAUAAUAACACAUUCAAUCAAAAUAAUAGUGUUCCCCCUCCACCCCCUCCUACUGCUCCACCACCCUCUGCUUAUUUAAAUAAUGAAUCAAAACAAUUUUCUAUAAAUGAUAAAUAUAAAAAAAAAAGAGAUUCAAAUGAUGGUAGCUAUAAUCAUAAAAGCAAUAAUAAUCGAAACUUUUUUAAUAAUCCUGAGAUAGAUAAUGAUUAUAAUAAAAACCCUGAAGAUCUUUCUGUAGGGUUUUUAGCUACCUUACUAAAACUUAUAUCAAAAAAGGGAAAAAAAAAACAAAUAGCUCUUAUUCCUUAUACACCUAUAGAAAUUUCCUAUACAUAUCAAACCCCACCAUCCACAAACAUGACACAAAAAUUAAAUGAAAAAGUAAACGAUUUUUAUGAAGAAUUAAAACAUAUUGUAAAUGAUGAAGAUAUCGAAAGUAGUGACGUUUCUGAUAGUAAUGAAGUUAUGAAUGCAUAUGAUAAUUAUAAAAAAUUUAUAUCUAUAAAUAAAAGGAAAACUGGGGGAAAAGAUGGAAAAGGAAAUAAAAAGUCUAAAAAUAAUGACAAAUUAUCUCCUGAUCAAGAUAAAGAAUAUGAUGAUUCAAGUGAUACAAAUACAACCUUUUCCUCUGUUGAGCUUUUUGAUAAUUCAAUGGUUGAACUUUUAAACGAUGAUAAUGAUAAUUUAAAAAAAAAUAAAAAAAAUAAAAAUGUUAGUUUUAGUCAAAUUGCUAUUGAAAAUGCUCAAAACUGGAAUGAAGAAACGGAUAAUACUAUGGGAGGAUAUAAUUUUGAUUUUUAUCCAAUGUCAGGAAUGGGUGAUAAUUCAAACAUAGACGAUGUUUUCGAAAAUUAUAGACGAAAUAAAUCUAAUGUUUAUCAUGGAUCUAUUCCUCAAAAAUUUUGA